GGCAGUGGAAGCAUCGCCAAGUGACGGGAUAAAGACGCAGCGAUGAGACGGGAAGAAUGCGGAAAUAAAGGAACACACAUGGACGAAGAUCUGCAAAGAGAAAGGAUGGAAUGACAUAAAAAGAGAAAGCAGUUUGUUGCUUCCGGGCUUUCCUGUCUCUUCCCACUUCUGUUUGGAGCAUCUCACAGUGAAAACACAUACAUAUGAUAUAUAUAUAAAAUUCCUAUACAUAUAUAUCAAAUUAUGCCUGUUUUCAAAGAAGCUGAAGCUGGACAAGGAGAGAAUUGACAACAACCUUUUGUGUGAUUUGUGAUAGAUAAUAUACAACAAUUUCCCAAAAACUGUUGCAUAUUAUUGGUUUGAGAUGCUUUGGGGUCAAUUUUUGCUCAGGUCCUCAUAAUGUGAAUGGAAAAUUUGGCAAACUUGCACCUGAACCAGCCCCAAUAACAACUAAAGAGCACCUGCUGCAGUCUGAGAGGGCUUCCUUUGAAAACAGUUACUGCUGUCGCAUCUCCAAUUUGCCUCCGUACUCCACAACAAGCCGGGGAGAUUUAUCCUAGAAAAAUUUGCACCAGUGCACAUCUCCAAUUGCUGAGAGACCAGCUUUAUCUUGAUCUCAUGCUGGUAUUUAGUUAGCUUCGACAAAAGUCCAACCAUCUGGCUUGGAAAGAGGUCAGGUAUUUUUGCGGGAGAGGACAAGAGUUGGACAUUUCAAAAGGGUAGGAAGUUGUUUACCCCUUUUAAGAGAGAACUUAACCAAAAGCCAACAAUGAUCCAUGAUGUGAGAUUCUUCUGAAGUAUUUCCAGCAUCUUUUUUAACAUCUUCCGUUGUGCGGCAUCACUAAGACGUUGAGAAAUCAACAUCACAACACCAUCCCUCCUGUCUUUCCCGCAUCCUUCCCUCCUCAAGUAGGACAAGGCUAAAUAGACAAUACGCAGCUGGUGUCCAGGCUCUGUUACAAAUCGUGGGAUCCAGGGAUAGGAGGGGUCACAGGAGAGGGUGGAUGUGAGAGGGGUCAAGCAACAGUGGACUGGGUGAAAAAAGUCACUGGACUCCCUGUGUGGUGACUGGAAGUGGCUGACAAAGAAAGAGUAGCAGGCGAAUUUAAGUUGUUUGUGCAUGCGUGAUAGGAAAAGAUACUACAGGUGCAAAAGGAUUCUGGACAGUCCUCAUCUGAGGAUUACAGCUGGAUGAGUGCCAGAGUCUUCUUUUAAAGCGGUGUUCACCUGUUGGCUCAUUGACUGAGAAUAGGGAGACAAUUGAAAAAAGAAUACCUGCAAAAAGAUGCCCACCACUAAAAAUAAAGCGAGUCCAUUGUGCAGUGACAUUGUUAGCGGGAGGAUGAAAGAUGCAAGUUAAGCGAGUGGAGUGGAAGAGGCAGACAACUCCUGUGGGAAACAACACACUCCGGUGAGUUUUCCUUGGGACGUCAGAAGUAAUUUGGCGCUGCGCAUCAGAUGUGUUACCCACUCAGGAAUACGAGCAUGUCUCAGGAUUGAGAAAACCACCAAGAUGGGAGCUUGGGACUGUGAGUCUUAGAAGAAUCCCUCUCUCUUCUUUUGACAACAGAUACUUUCACAGAUUGUUCUUUCAUUGAGCAAAGUGGGAAACUGAUUGCAGGAAAUGCUACAAGCACGUUUAUUUGUGGGAAACAAGCGCUCCUAAACUGGACCCACUGCAAGCCAGCGGAUUUGGAUUUGUUUCCAACUCCUGGAUGCCAUAUGGCUCUGUGAAAGGUUCUUCAAUGUUGGGUCAAUCAAUUACACAUCAGCACUGAGGCAUCAAGACCAAGGAUCCAAGAUGUCUAGCUACAUGCAACCAAUGUUGGUCAGUUUCUCAGUGGCCAUUCUUCUAGGUUUGACCUCUCUGGGGGGACUAAACCCACGGCCUUUGGGCCAGGUUUCAGCCCAGGGUCUUCCAAAUAAUCUCACAACUGAACCCUCAGUGCUUCCAGAGGCUGCCCUGGCAACACCGACUGCGGACACAGAGGAUAAAACGGCACCAGGCGGUGCUAAUCGUUGCUGGGGCUACUACGAUGUCAUGGGCCAGUGGGACCCACCCUUCAAUUGUAACGCGGGGAUCUAUAGCUUUUGUUGUGGCUCUUGUUUCUACCGCUUCUGCUGCCAAUUCAAAAUCCACAGUUUGGACCAGACUUCUUGUUCAAACUAUGACACACCCGUCUGGGCAAACACCGGGCGACCGGCGGCACCCGUGACAGAGCUCCAGCAGGAACCCGACCGCGAUCGAACCCACAUGAUCGUGUAUAUUAUCUGUGGUGUGGUGGCCAUCAUGGUGCUCAUCGGAAUUUUCACAAAGUUGGGGCUGGAGAAGAGUCGGGGUGGACAAACGGACAUGACCAAUUCCAGGACUUUGACAGAGCUGCUGAAGCAGCCAGGCGAGGCAGGAGUUGUGGAUGGAACCGGAAUACACCACCCUAUAGGGACCAAUGGGAUCUCGGCCAGGGCGUUACGCUCCAACAACGAUCAUAACCAUUUGAAUAAUGCAGCCCUGUCUCCUCUGGGUCCAGCCAUGACCUUGUCUCACCCUCAUAACAACCUGGGAAUCGGUUUCAAUAAGUACUCCUCACUGAAGGGUGUAGACACAACUCCCAGAGACUACUACAAGAGCUACCCAAUGGUAGAUUACACCCAUCGCCAGUCUCCUCCUACUUUCCAGCCAAUCAAAUUCCACCCGAAGGAAAAGUCCUUCCUCCCGCCACCCGACAUCCACGCACCGCUGGCCAUUACCAUCAACGCCUCCCAGAUCCCCAAACCCAAAAUAUCCAAAACCAACACGCAACCGCUCACGUCGGGAUCAGCCUUCAAAGCCUGGGACCCCAGCAAGAGCCACGUCCAGCGCCCGGCUGCAUCACACAUGGUCCUUCAGGGCCCGCAGCAUCACCACACCAUCCAGCAGCAGCAUCACCAACCACUGCACCAUCAACCCAACAGCCGGCGCCAAGCCUACUCCAACAAACGGCAGUUCAGCAUUGAAACGCUGCCCGAGCUCUUCUCCCAACCGCUGGGCUACGGCCACUCGCCGCACACACAUCCCAAGCACAAGGGACUGCCUACCAACAGCAAGACAGAGGUCACUGUUUGAACGCGAAUAGAUCUGAAACAAAAGAAUACACUUUGAAAGAUGUGCUCUGAUAUCUUUUAUAUCCACGGCCUAACUGCAGGAGUGGCGAGCAAAUAUCGUGUAUGAUAAGACUUUUUUUUAACUGCCUUUUCCUUAUCAUAUUUGACAGUAAUAACAUGGGUGUGCGUUGGAAGAUUACUGGAUCAAAACAGCAGACAAGCUGAGAAGGUGGUGGCUGUGAUGUAAAUAAUUGAUUGGCUUCUCAGUGUGUUGGCAUAGCGCUCAACUCCGUUCCAUCCCAAACGUUCCCACCCUAGCGACUCGGCAUUGCUGUGUGGCAAGAAAUCCCACAUGAAGGCCCUAUUUACCCUGCAUGCACCAGCUCAAUCUACCCAUUUUUUUCCUAUCAGAGUCUGCGAGGGCAGUGUUUCCCCCCCGAGACUGUAGCUUCCCAUCACCAGAGACAAUGCCAUCAUGUUGUCAGUUCCCACCGCCCUCCAGCCGGCAGAGGGGUGAGAGAUCAGCCUGGCAAUUCAUACCAGAGAAGGGUGAGGGUUAUUUGCCUUAUUCCAGGGGCAAAUAAGAGCAUGAGAGGAACGUGAACUACAAGAGUGGUACAGAGUACACACUUGUCAAAGAUUACAGAGGGUACCCAGGAGCGUCAGAAACCACAGUCGCAUCCACCCCCAAAGCAGGAAUAAAAUACAUAAUAUUCCUCUCUCAUCACACAACAGCCUCAGAAACUGUGCACAUGAAUAAGAAAGCUCUGUUGUAGGUAAUUCCAGUCAGACUCUCUUGUGAUCCCGCAAAGGCUACACAUACUUCAGAAUGAACCACAAUAGCUGAAAAGCGCAAAAGAUUGCAACUGUCAAGGUCUUUUUAAAGUCAUUUCCCCCUUCCCAUCAACAGAAUUUAAAAUUCUAAUGUAUCAGCAUGAUGACCUUCGUGGUUGCUGCAAAACCAGCAAGCUUGAAUUGAAACAUUUACACUUACACUGCAUGCAAAAUGAAAAUGAUUUUUAAUUACAAAGGUAGACCUUUAACCAUGCUAGCUAUACUACAGGAUAGUUUCAUAGUUUCAAAUCAUGCGCAUCUUUCAAGAGCAACAUAAUAGUGUUUGGAGGGCAACAGCCACACGUUUGCAGAAGUCUCUUCAUCAACACUAAUGAUAAAAUCAUGAGCGAGUCCGUGUCAGAGUCCAGUGAUGCAUACUUUCCUAGUAUGGAAGUUCCUAAAUGCAGCAGAGUACUUUAGUGCUGUACAACUAUUUUAAGCAAAGUUGUCCCAAGCCUCCUUGUGACACAGUCCGUCUGAACUGCACACAACAGACCAACAAGCAGUCUGAUUUAUUCAUUGAAUUAACCUUCAUUUGUUUUCAUCAGGACAUGCCGCAGAGCAUCUGUGCUUGGCACAUGCUAGUACAUCACAUUGGAACCUAUCACAUUUGGAACCUAAUCGAACAGGAUCAUCCAGCAGGGUCACACACAAUUUAGCACCUGGUCUCACUCUGCAGCCUUCUAGAAGACCAUCCUGACCCUCUUGCAGUAUUUGCCUGAACCUUGCUAAUCUCCCUCCAGAGUAAGUCUCUCAUAAGAGUUAUGAAGGGAAGUGAAUCACUGCAAUCAGUAGUAAACUAAUACAGUUUGCUGCAUUACUCGGAAAGUCUUUCAUUUCAGAAGUGCAUGAAUAAAGUAGACCGCAAUGUGUCCCACUAAAGUAUCCUCCAUAUGUUUGUGAUAAAGCAUGUGUACCGUAUUUUCACGACCAUAAUGCGCACCGUAUUAAAAGGUGCAGUCUCAGUUACGGGGUCUAUUUCUGUAUUUAACACAUACAUAAGGCGCACCGUAUUAUUGGGCGCAGGCAUGGUAAAACAUACGGUAGCAUGCAUGCACGCUAAAACAAUGUUUUUAAAAAGGCAGCGGGAGCAAACCUGAGUUCGGUUGUACUUUAUUGAAGUAUUUUACAAUGUACUCACGUUAUGUUUGAUCAAUCCUCAUCCACAAAUCCAUCAAAGUCCUCAUCUUCUGUAUCCUGAAAUGAAGAGUUGGUCUUCCAACUCGAGCCACCUCGCCUUGUUUCCGCGGAAACUCAGCUUUGUCUUCUUGACUUGGCGAAGCUUGUAUUCCUGCUUCCUCCACUUGCGAACCAUGAAUUCGUUGAUCUUGAAUUCUCUCGUGGCUGCUCGAUUCCCAUGUUCCUCCGCGUAACUGAUAGCUUGCAGUUUAAACUGUGCUUCGUAAGCGUGUCUCUUUGUAGGUGCCAUUUUCGACUGCGGUCAAGCCAGCCUCGACUGCGGUCAAGCCAGCCUCC